UCAUUGCCUGUCCACAAGGGCAAUUGUCUCACGCUCUCAUUCAGCUCAUGUGGCAUCAUUACAUCAGAGUGUCAUGGGUAUUGGGUACCAGAGUGUUUCAAGGCCAUUGGGCAAGUUUCAGUUCUACAGUGUGUAGUCUGAGCCUCUGAUGUAGGAUUUAUUAAAGAGUACAAAAAUAAAUAUUUUUAUACUUUGGAUCUUGAUUUUGAUUUAGAUUUUUGGUUUGGCAAGUGUGAAUGUUACCAUGACAGGACAUCUCUGAGCUGUGAGUCAACUGUGAAGAGCAGAGAGUCAGUGGAAGAUGGAAAAGUAUUUUACUCCAGUGUGCGGAUCAUCAGAAGAUGAGCUUAAACUUCAGAAACAUCAACGUCAUGGUCUUCAUCACCAUGUACAGCACCGCCAUCCCAACCAAAACCAAUACAGAGGACCACAUGGCCCAAGUCCUUUGGGUGAAUACAGAAGACUCAGUGAUACUCAUGGCCUCCAUCAACACGACUACCCAAGUCACACCCUUUACCAUCGGAAUCACGCAAGCUCUGUAGGACAGAACAGCCGACAAAACACUCUUUCCAGAGCAUCCACAUCCAGCCUCUCUUCCUCCUCUUCCUCUUCAUCGUCGCCUUGGACAUCGGAGCCCAGUCUAGACAAUGAGAGAUACCUCCUGCAAAACAAACCCCAGCAUUCCCUGUCCUGCUCCAACAUUCCAGAAGCCAGGCAUAAGUUCCAAGAUGAGGAAUCAGAGGAUCUGGACUUUGAUCAAAGUGACUCAGCAGUUUUCUCGCACCAUCGUCACCAGCAGGAACAUCCACAAAAAAUUGGCAAAUCUGAAAAACAGCGCCAGGGUUUGACACAAAGGCAGAAGCCAUCCCAACUCCGUAGAGGCCAGAGCAGAAGUGAGGAGAGGCUAGAGCAGAGCCUCAGGGCAGUUAGAAAAGCCCACCCAAUAGAGCCAGGCCCACUGUACAAGACCACCAGCCUGGGACAAAACCUUGCCUUCAACGAAAGCACCACAGGAGCAGCAGCAAGAGGCAUGGCAGGACCUAAAAGGGCAGUGUCAUCCAUUCAGCUGCCAAGCAAAGGCAUCUUGAAGAACAAAGAUGAAGGCCAGCUGCAAGGAAAUUUCCGGAAAUCUAAGUCUAUGGAGGUACUGUCCACUAGAGUGCAAGUGACUGGUCAACGCAAGCAGAGCACAGUGGAGACAGUAAAAGCAGAUGUCCUGAAAGGAAAGCUUGAUUUUUCUGCCUUUCUGGACGAAAUCACCAUGCAGGUCAUCAGCCCAUCCAGGCUUAGCUCAUUCGGAAUCACACGGAGCCCCACACAAACGUCUCCCAAAAUGUCCCAUGAGGAACACAGACAGCCCACUAAAGCAGCCACAGCGGGACAGGAGCGCACUCAGUCCAUAACCAAACAGCACAGUUCUAAACCCACCAGAUCAGACGAGAUCAGAAAAGGAAUGGAUUCUAACUCGCCCUCUCACUCACACAGGAAACCUCAACUCAGCAAAAACAACCGUAACCGUCACACUGCCACUCCUUCCAGUCCUUCCAGCCCUCCACAGCAGCUCCAGCACCAGCAGCAUAGCUACGAGAGGCGUCCCAGCAAUACUGAGAGCCCUGCUAACAGACAUGGAGGCACAUCCUCCCACAAACAGAAGCAUGGAAAAUACAACCAACUCCACACUGAUGGCACCAGCACCAGUCCCGAGCCAGUGCAGCAGGAGAAGCACCAUCACGCCAAGCACACAGGACCUCACCGCGGAGGCCGUGGCCUGGCUGGGCAGCCUUAUACCGUACAUGAGCACAGGGGCUCUCCACCUCCAGCCAGAACCUCUGGCGUGGAAUCUGAGUCACAUUCUGGCAAGUCCUCCACAGCCACCAGCCCCAGCUCUGAGAACAGCCAGAAGCACAAACACCCUGGACACAGGAGACACUCCAAAAACUCCCAAAAGGAUUCAGCGAGCAUCGAGGACAGAGCUGAACUACUGGAGCAGUACAACAAGGAGCUGCAUGAAAAUCUUUUGCAGGCAGUAGCUUGCAUUGAAAACAUGGAGGGAGAGCUUCAGUGCAGCAAAGCAGAAUUAAACAGCUUUAAAGAGAAAUACAAAAGGCUGCAGGAGAACUACUCUAGCUGCCAGCAGGCCAACAUUGUAAUAGAGCAGAAGCUUCAGUCUGUGGUGGACAGCAUGAACUCGGAGAGAAAAUACCACAUGCACAGGAUUAUGGAACUGACUAAGCAGCUGGAUGCAGCUAAAAAUACCAUCAUCUCACUGGAAAACAUCAAUGUUCCCUGUUUGAUUAAGGAGCUGUUGGAUAAGCAUUUUGACUCUCAGGAGGCUGUGAGGAGCUUCUUACUCUCCCCCAGCUCACCUGCUCAGUCUGACACUGACCAAUCAAACAGAGCCUUAGGACUCAGGGACAACAAAUCACCUGCUGGGAGAGAGGAAGAGCAAGAAUCUGAUUGGUUUUUCUCUGCUCAGAGAGGCCUAAGUGACAGACAGCAGCAUGUGACAGCAUUUUUGCCAUGGACAGAAAGUCAAGACCCGUGGACAGUGUCAGAGAAGACUGUAGUUGAUGAACACAAGGCCACCCUUCAUCCAAAACCUGAGGAUUCAAACUUACCUUUUACUGUCGCUGAUAUUAGCCAGGCCAUCUAUAGAAAGAUUACAGAUGAGAAGUCCAAAGGGGAAGACUCUAUGGUCACAGUGCAUCAUUUAGGUUUAGAGACAGACAUGCACUCUGGCAGCAUGUGGAGGGCAAAUGAUGUUCCAGCUAAUCCAUACAGCCUGGAGGAUACAGGCACAAACAGAGCAGCAGGAGUGCAGAGAAUAGACACAAGUUCAGUUAAUUCACGAAAGGACUCAAAUGAGGUCACCUAUAUUUCAGCUCAGAAGAUGCUGGAUGAUUUUAUGAGCCAGAUUCCUUCCCCAGUGCAGGAAGGCCCGUUAGAGAGAGAUCAUGUGGGCAGGGACUGGGCCAGGAGGCCUGCAGAGGGCUUUUAGGAUUCUAUAACAGAUUAGCUCCACUGAAUGUUUUAACAGUGGCAAACAGUGAAUAUCAAAUGGAAUCUAGUAAACACUUUGCAUGAUUCAUUUAUGAUGCUUAUUCUCUUUCAGCUCAUUCACUGUUAGAAUCUUUAGCAUUUCUCACUGAAAAAUUAUUUGAAAGCCUGAGGUUUCUUUAACAAGACUUUCUGGUGACAUUUGCUUUUAAGUGUCUUUACAGUUUUUAUAAUUAGAAAAGCAUUUUAAAAUGGAGAUCUAUUCUUUGUAUUUGGAACUUGAUUUUUAGUCAUAAAACAAUAUAAGAGACUAUAUAAGACUCUUACCAAAUGCAACUAUAUUUAUGAACGUGAAUAUAUUACUAUUUGCUUAUUUACUAAGACUCUGAUAACCUAUAUGACCAAAUUACAUCCACUCAUUCCAGCUUGCACCUAUAUAAUAAAAUAAAAAUAAAAAAGCAAAUAAGAGUUUAAAUUUUACCACCUUAUAGAGAACAUUUUCAUUGUGGUGGGAAACAGUUUAAAUGCAGCUACCAAAUUUGUAGUGACUAUAAAAAUGAAUACAAAGUGCUGAAAAAAUUUAAUGCAAUUUAAAGGUCCUAGUCUGGCACACAUUUUGCAUCCCAAAAAGAUGACAUGUACAGGAAAAAGAAGAUGUCUAAACACCCGGUCUUUAAGAGGAAACCCAAUGUGACAAAUAGUGAAUUUAGAGUUUCAGUAAGUUGUAAAUUCAAAAGCAGACAUUGUUUGGAUAAUUUUAUGGUUAUUUUGUGUCUUAACCUACCUUAUAUAUCGUAACAAACCUUAUAUUUUCUAAUAAAUAAACAUGUGAUUGUGUUGGUGUUCUUAAGUUCACUGGUUUUGCAUCUAGUUAAAUUUUCUUCUUGUGCAGGUAUCUGGUAAGCUAUGUAGUGUGACUUUGCUACUUACUUGCCUGUAUUUCAGUCCAUUUUUAUGUUACAAUUUUUCCUAAUUACAGUUUGUUUAUACAAUUUUAUGGUAGAAGUGGUAGAAAUGCAGAUGUACAUUUAUUUACAUAAUAUUUAGUGAAAUGUUAAAAUGUGGCUGAGAUUUUGGUGUUUGUAUCUUGGUGUAUGUAGACACUUUUCCUUACUGUUGAUUAAUAAAUGUCUGUACAUAAACCUGGUAAAAUAUGUUCUUAAUAUCA